ACGUAGCCUCUCCAGGCUCUCUUAUCAAAAACACUUCAGAAAAAUUUAUUGGUUUAAAAGUGAAAGAUAAGAGAGAAAACAAUGGCCAAGUCUUUGGGCCUUAUUUUGGUCCUUUCUCUUGUUUCCCUUGUUCCUCUUUGUUUCUCCGCCGGGACUCAUGGAGGCCUCUACCCACAAUUUUAUGACCAUUCUUGCCCAAAAGCACAAGAGAUUGUAAAAUCCAUUGUGGCUAAAGCAGUAGCAAAAGAAGCACGUAUGGCUGCUUCAUUGCUAAGGCUGCAUUUCCAUGACUGUUUUGUCAAGGGAUGUGAUGCAUCAGUUCUGUUAGACAGCAGCAGGACCAUAAUCUCUGAGAAGAGAUCAAACCCCAAUAGGAACUCUGCUCGAGGAUUUGAAGUCCUUGAUGAGAUCAAAGCUGCAUUAGAGAAGGAGUGCCCUGAGACGGUGUCUUGUGCUGAUCUCUUGGCCUUGGCUGCUAGAGAUUCUACUGUUCUGACUGGGGGACCUAGCUGGGAAGUCCCUCUGGGAAGAAGAGACAGGAGAGGUGCAAGCUUGAGUGGCUCCAACAACAACAUUCCUGCUCCAAACAACACAUUUCAGACAAUUCUCACCAAGUUCAAGCUUCAAGGUCUAAAUAUCGUUGAUCUUGUUGCCCUGUCUGGAAGCCACACAAUUGGAAAUUCGAGAUGCACGAGCUUCAGGCAGAGGCUCUACAACCAGUCUGGAAAUGGACAGCCUGACAACACUUUGGACAAAACAUAUGCUGCUCAACUGCGUACCAGAUGCCCCAGAUCCGGUGGUGACCAGAACCUGUUCUUCUUGGACUUUGUUAGCCCAACCAAGUUCGAUAACAGCUACUUCAAAAACCUCUUGGUUUAUAAGGGCUUGCUGAAUUCUGAUGAAGUUCUAUUUACCAAAAAUGAAGAAUCAAGGGAGUUGGUGAAAACAUAUGCUGAGAACCAGGAGCUUUUCUUCCAGCACUUUGCCAAGUCCAUGGUCAAGAUGGGAAAUAUCUCUCCACUGACAGGUUCUAAGGGCGAGAUCAGAAAGAACUGCAGGAAAGUCAAUGCUUAAAAUAGGAGGUACAGAUGGUAGAUCCUGCAGGACAUUAUUCCAUGUUUCUGGUUUCUAGUUCUUUCCUUCUUUAAAAGAGAGAUUUUAAUUCAUCCAGUUAAUUGUAGCAGCUGUUAUGAUGUUCUGGACGUGUGAGUUGUUGAAUUCUGUUCAUUUAGUGUGUGUUUAUUGAAUUUUGAAUAAUAAAUAAGCUAUACGCGAAGCUUACUCAUGAAGUCCCCUCACAAAUUUCUGAUGUAAUGAAAUUUCUCACUUUUC